AUGCCAUCGUCCACGGAAGGAUGUGUGCAAGCGAAGCUCGAUGCAGACAUCACCCACGGCAAUCUUCAGGGCAUCAAAGACUUUUACAAGUCAGCAGACCCAGAAAAACAAACCAGCCUACUUGCCGACAUAGCUUCACGCGCUGCAGCAAAAGCACAGGUUGAUAUACUUGACUGGGUCUUCAGUGGGGGCUUCCAGGUCCCCCCUGACUCAUUGAAUGGUGAGUUCUACCACCAGGCUUGCCUCGCACAGUCCCUUGCUGUGUGGAAGACACUUGUCAAGAAUGGUUUUAACCUCAACAGGCAUCACAGUGAACUUUUUGGUGAUGCACUGAGCCUGGAAGCAUACUCUGGCAAUGUUGAGAUUAUAUGCUUCCUUCUGGAGAAUGGACAGGACCCCAAUGAUGCAUGGGGGAGCUAUGAUGAUCUUGAACUAGGUGUGGCAGCAUUAAAAAGAAGUGCUACACACAUUGCGGCUGCUGAACUUGGCAACAUGGAGGCGCUAAAGUUACUGGUGAAGCAUGGUGCUGACCUUGAGGAAGCUAGUGGAUGGUGGCCCAACUAUGGUAUAAUUGAAGCUGAUAAAUGGGGAACUGCAUUGUAUCGCGCAGCUUACAAGGACCAGAGAGAGCCUGUGGCAUAUCUGCUAGACAAGGACACUAACAUCUGGUUCAAGGAUGACAAGGGGCAAUCCAUCUUGUGGGCAGCGAAGCAGGGGGGAGAUGAGGAGGUGAUCGAGUUGUUGAAAUCUGCUGGGCUUGGAGAAGAAUAA